CGUUCGUUGUUGACCUAUUCGGUACAAAUAAAAUGUGUAAUGCGAUUUAAACCAAACUAUUUGUGGUUUAUCAUGAUGGUUAUGAGGUCGAUACGGCGCUUUUCCUCCUGUUCUGCUGUUUACCGCUCGAUACAUGGACACAUGGAGCAAAGUCAUCGAAUAAAGAGAGUUUCCAUAGAGGGAAACAUUGCGGUGGGAAAGUCAACAUUUGCGAGACUGCUACAGAAUGCAGGACAGGAUUGGGAAGUGAUAGCAGAACCCGUCAGCAAAUGGCAAAAUGUGAACCACAUGACUCAGUCAAGCAGUAACCUGUUACAGAUGAUGUAUGAAGAUCCAAAGCGCUGGUCUUACACCUUCCAGACCUUUUCUUGCAUGAGUCGAGUGCGGACCCAACUGGAACCACCAUCUGCCAGGUUACUGGAGUCCAAAGGGACACCAGUACAGGUGUAUGAACGCUCCGUCUACAGCGACAGGUACAUCUUUGCUUUAAAUAUGUUUGAGCUCGGCUGUAUAAACUCGACAGAGUGGGCCGUGUAUCAGGAUUGGCAUUCGUUUCUUGUUGAGCAGUUUGGUCAUCAAAUACAAUUGGAAGGCGUCAUAUAUCUUCGAGCAUCUCCACAGAGGUGUAUGGAGAGAUUAGGCAGACGGGGCAGGACAGAGGAACAGGGGGUUCAACUCGACUACCUUGAGAAACUUCACACAAAACAUGAAAACUGGCUUAUUAACAAGAGUACCAAGGUUCACUUUGAGCACCUGAAGAAGGUUCCUGUAUUAGUUUUAGAUGUUGGGGUGGAGUUUGAAAAAGAUCCUAAUGUGCAGGCCAAGCUUCUAACACAGGUCGGAGAGUUUUUCAGUGGAUUAUAAACGGGACCUAAUCGCAUUUCAGGAUUAUCACAUAUGGACCAUUUUUUCACCGCUGAGAGACGUGUUUUACCACAUCAUUGAUCUACUUAAUGUGGUAUCUGUGCAAUGCAUUCACAGAUGAGCAUAAAAUACCACCAUGUUCAAUGAAUGCUUACUUACGCAAGGUUGGAUUUUAUAGUUUUGUAUUGUUAAUACUGUUUUCAAAGAUUUGACUGUCAACUGAUUAUAUGUAACUUGUCACGUAUGUAUUUUAAAAAUAUAUUGAUGAAAGAUACACAUUUGUCAGUUGCCAUGAAGAAUAGUUACACAUCUAUACGACUACACGACUAAUGACAUUAAUAUAUAUGCAGUACUUUCCGAAAACGUUUUUGCUGACUUCUUUUUGUACUCCACAAUCAAACAGUUUACAUGUGAUAAAAAAAUGUUACAUUCUGA